CAUGGAUCCUCCAGCCCCGCCACCCGAGUUGCCGGAGCCUCCUGCGCCACAGCCGCCUGAACCGCUGGGCCCUGUGGAGGCCGUCUGUCGGCUGCAGCGCUGGUACCGGGCGCAGGCGCGCCGGCGGCGAUUUCUGGUGAUCGUCAACCGCGCGCGGCGGAGGAGGAAGUACCUGGAGGAGAGGAGGCGGGUGGCGCAACGCGUCUAUGCCACGGAGGCGGUGAUUGACGAGAUGAAGGCGCGCCUGGCCAUGCCCUUUGGGCACCGCCUGGUGGGACGCUACGCAGAGGCGAGGGAGGCGGAAGCGGCCACGCGCGUGCAGAGCUUGUGGCGCGCCGUGAGGGCCAAGAAGAAGUUGGUGAAGCUGGUUGGGGAGCAAAAACUGCAGCAGGCCGCCAAGAAGCUUCAAGCUUUCGCCCGGCGGCGCUGGCAACGGCAGCGGCAGUCGCCCCUGGUGCGGUCGGCGGUGGAGAACCCAUUUUGGAGACCGAUCCAGGAAGAGCGAGUGAAGCUGCAUGAGAACGAGGUGCUGAAGAAGCGCAAGGAGUGGAGUUCCCUGACAGGUCGGGGGCUCACCGAGGCACAGCUGAAGAUCCAGGCCGAAGGGAAGUACCAUGAAUUCUUGGAAGGAGCGGGUCGCUGGCGCUACGAUGUCUGGCGCACCUUGCUGGAACGUGAUCAGACUCGACAGAUGAUGGAGGCCUUGACCCGUGCUGAAGGUAAGGGCUUUGACCACCCGGUGACAGGCCUUUGCAGUGCCUUCCUCCUUUCAGAGGCUUCUGAAAAGCACCAACAGCGCGUCGCCCCGGCAGCCGGUCCGGGCGGUCCGGGCAGCGCGGCUCAGCUGAGCUCGGCCACCGAAUCGGCCAACGAAGAGCGGGAGGCGGAUCUGCUGCUGCAGGGCUUGGAAUCUCAGCUGGGCUAUGACUUUUCCAUGCCUGAAUUGUGAAUGAAGCAAAUAGCUAUCUGAGUUCAUGUUGAUUUAAAGAUAUUUUAGUGGUUUCACACCAUUGAGGAUGGUCUGAUGGAGCAUGUGACCCAAACAGAUUGGGUUUGCCAAGAGAAAACUGCUUGGACUUUGAAGCAGUGAUGGCGUUGGCUGCUGAUUUUGGUACAGAACCAAGUCACAAGUCCGCUAAUUUGGUGCAAUUAGCCAGCGGAAUCGGAACUGGCCACGCUGGUGCCACUGGAAACA